CCGGUUGCCAAUCCACCUGCCAAGCGUGGCAACUAUUGGAAAAACUUAUUUUCUGCGGCGAAUGGUCGUUAUAUACGAAUAUAUAUAAAAUACCAGGAUAGAAUAUAGAAUAGUGUUGGUGCCAUCUAUUGAGUAAAAUAGAUAAAACGUCAACGGAGUGAAGUGAGACUUCAACGGUCUGCUACUGCGGUGAUAGACAUGAACUUGACUCGCUCGCUCUCUGUAAUUAGCAAUGAUUGAUCCUAAUAAUAUUUCGUAUAAUAAACUCAUAUUUCACAAAAAUAACAAUAAACGAGUUAUUGAAGAGUUCCUGCACCCAUAAAUUUAUACACACAAAAAAGGAAAGGCGCAAACAAAGUGGUCUUCGUAGCCGAAUAUCUGAAGAAUCAGUGGGAAAACAGUCAGAGCCACCAUUCCUUUUGUAUCCUUUUAUCCUAAGCGAAAUUUGUGUUAACAGUGUUUAAACUUCAUUAACAUUUACAACAGUGCAUUUCAUCAAGCGAUUCCUAUUUCCAGAUGUGAAAAAAAAAAAAAAAUUUUGUUAACCACGUCACGUAUACUAAAUUAUAAGUAGGUACUUCUAUCUUUUUUUUAUAGAAACUUCCGAAAUGAGUGACGAUGAAUUUUCAGACAGUAAUCUCGUUGAUUUGCAUAAACUUAAUGAUCUCAAAAAGCUUCGGGGUACAGUGAAGGGUAGAUUAACAUUGUUCGAAAAAUAUAUUAGUAAAUAUAAAUCAUUAACGUUAACGAAAAUGCAAAUCACAGAAAUUAGUUUACGAAUCGAUACAAUUACACAAUGUUUUAAUAACUAUUGUGAUAUUCAAAAUCAAAUAGACGUACUCGUUGACAAAAAGGAAUUAGAAAACCAGUUAGAAUAUAGAGAAUUAAUAGAAGAACAGUACUAUAGUAAUAUCGCCGCUGCAAAAUGUUUGAUAGAGGUGGACAAAAAUACUAAUUCCAAUUGUUCACAGUCCAUAAUUUCAAAACCUGUAGCUGUAAAGCUACCUGAAAUCAAGUUAACGUGCUUCGACGGAUCGUACGAUUUGUGGUUAGAAUUCAGAAAUUCUUAUAUAACUAUGAUUCAUGAACGUACAGACCUUGAUGCCAUUCAGAAAUUACAUUAUUUAAAAUCCUCUCUUAGCGGUUGUGCAUUACAAGUAAUUAGUGCGUUAGAGUUCACAGCGUCUAACUACAAUCAUGCUUGGGAACUACUUGAAAACAGAUUUCAUAAUAACCGCUUACUAGUUUAUAAUCAUGUGAGAUCACUGUUUUCAGCUUCAUCUGUUACAAAGGAGUCACCGUUGCAAAUAAGAAAACUAAUUGAUACGAUUUUACGAAAUUUACGUGCCCUUCAAACUUUAGGUGAACCGACUGAUUCGUGGGAUACCUUAGUUAUUUAUUUAGUUUUAACUAAAUUAGACGCAAAUACGGAACGAGAAUGGGAAAAUCAUAAAGGUUCGAUUUCCAGUGACCCUAAUAAUAAAUUAAAAUUAGACGAUUUGUUAAACUUUUUGAGAAACAAGGCCGACAUGUUAGAGGUUACUCUCGUAAAUCAUAAGGUACAAGCGAAUAAACCUAUUCUCGAACGUAAACCAGUACACGAUUCUAAAAGAUAUUCGAAUCAUUCACAGUUUACACAUAGUUACGUUACAACGCGAACAAAUAAUAGUAAACUGAAUAAUAAACGCAUACGGAACUGUAUUAUGUGUAGUGAAAACCACGCACUUUAUACUUGUAUAUCCUUUUUAAAUUUAUCUGUAAAGGAUAGAAUUAAAUUGAUAGAUGACAAAAAAUUAUGUCAAAAUUGUUUACGUUCUGGGCACACCGUAAACGAAUGCAUUUUUGGUGCUUGUAAGCGUUGCAAUAAGAAACAUAAUAGUUUAAUUCAUACGGACGGCGAGGUGGUCGCGAGCGCAUCAGCUGAUCGUGCGCAUUAUUCACUACCAGCUGAUAACGCGCGAAGGUCAUCGACCGCACUUCACUCUCAAACGAAUAAUACGGGUGAUUUAAAUACGACUUUAUUUCCUAUGCAACAAGUUCUGUUAUGCACUGCACUUGUUGAUAUAUUCGACGGCAAUAAAAGAUGUUUUACAAUACGUGCACUUCUAGAUAAUGGAAGUCAACAUUCUUUCAUUUCAAAUCAAUUAUUUCAACAAUUAAACAUAUCAUCUAUACAGUCCACUAUACGAAUUACAGGUGUGGGACAAUCACUCACUCAGUCGAAUAAAAUAUGCGAAGUUAAUAUACGAUCGAAGGUAAACGAUUAUAAAAUGCGAGUUCAAUGUAUGGUUUUGCCGUGCAUUACGUCGACCAUACCGUCAAAACCAAUGGAUUAUAAAUCGUUACGUAUUCCGGACAACAUUCAACUUGCCGAUCCCACUUUUAAUGAACCAUCUGCAAUUGACUUAUUAAUAGGUGCGGAUUUGUUUUGGGAUAUAUUAUACGAAAAUAGAAUUCGGUUGCCGAGUGGACCAUUCCUACAGAAUUCUAAAUUGGGAUGGUUAAUAUCAGGUUCCAUUCAUUCCGACAGCUCAUGUCACGGUAAUCCUAUUCAGUGCAACUUGUCGCAAGCGAUAGAUACACAGUUAAAACGAUUUUGGGAAUUAGAAGAAGUAACUAUCACAAAUAAGUUACUUACGGAAGACGAACAUAUAUGCGAACAUUUAUUUGAUACGACUACUAAACGUAACGCUGAUGGUAGAUUUUUAGUGCGAAUUCCCUUACAACAGUCAGCUGAUCAUCUCGGUGACUCAUAUGCACUCGCUAAAUCCCGUUUCUUAUCGCUAGAACGUAAGUUGGAACGAUUACCGUUCUAUAAAAAAUUAUAUUAUGAUUUUAUACAUGAAUAUGUUGAAUUAGGGCAUAUGACGAAGGUAGAUGAAUAUAAUAAACCGUAUUACUUCCUUCCACACCAUGGUGUUUUACGUGAGCACAGUACGACAACAAAAUUGCGUGUUGUUUUUGAUGCUAGUGCUGUGACCACGUCGAACAAAUCGCUUAACGAUAUUCAGUAUGUCGGUCCGCCUCUUCAAAACGAUAUCUUUUCAAUACUAUUGCGAUUUAGACAGUACAAAUUUGUAGCCUCCGCCGAUGUUGAAAAGAUGUUUCGGCAAAUCUUAAUACAAACGGAUCAAAGAAAUUUACAACUAAUUGUGUGGAGAGAGAAUCCUUCAGAUCCCCUGUCCAUUUACCGGUUAAAUACGGUUACAUAUGGAACUGCGUCAGCGCCGUACUUAAGCAUGCGUUGUCUGAAACAAUUGGCUAUUGAGUGCGGUGAUGAUAUGAUUGCUAAGAUAAUAAACGAAGAUUUCUAUGUCGAUGACCUAAUUACCGGUCACGAUGAUAAGCAGAUUUUACUGGAGAUAUGCAAUAAAGUAUCGCAAGUGUUAUCAUCAGGUUGUUUUACACUAAGAAAAUGGACAUUUAGUCACGAUGUAAAAACGAGUAGUUCUAAAGAGUUAUGUACGGGCGAUCAUUGUCAGAAUAAAACUCUCGGUAUAGGUUGGUACAACACUAGCGACGAGUUACAUUUCACUACCGCAAUCACUGAGUCACACGUAGUCACAAAGCGAACUAUUUUAUCUAUUUUAUCGCAGAUCUAUGAUCCACUUGGUCUUUUGACACCGGUCAUUAUUAUUGCAAAAAUAUUAUUACAACACCUAUGGUUGUGUAAAAUUCAUUGGGAUGACACGGUUCCAGAAAAUAUAAAAUUAAAUUGGGAAAAAUUCAUUAAUUCAUUAAAAUCGUUACACGAAUUAAGAAUUCCGCGUUAUAUAAUGAGUGAUAAUAACGAAAUAAAGGAAUUACAUAUAUUCACGGAUGCAUCUCAGAAUGCAUACGGUGCAUGCGCAUAUAUUCGUACUUAUAAUAAGAACAUAGAUUCCCCAGUAACAAUUAAAUUAUUAUGCGCCAAAAGUAAAGUAUCACCUAUUAAACCUGUCACCAUCCCGAGACUGGAGCUAUGCGGCGCAUUGUUAGGUGCCAGAUUAUACAAAAAAAUCGUAUCCUCACUUAGACUUAAAUUCGAUAAGGUCUAUUUUUGGACAGAUUCGACUAUAGUUAUGGGAUGGGUUCGUAUGUCACCACAUUUGUUGAAAACGUUCGUACAACAUCGUGUAACUGAAAUAAAUGAGUUAACGGGUGAUGCAAUUUGGUUGCAUGUUAAUGGCAAAAAUAAUCCGGCCGAUCUCGCGUCUAGGGGUGCCUAUCUCGAUAUACUUGUUGACUGUACAUUGUGGUGGGACGGUCCUACUCAUAAUUUAAUUGUAAUUGACCAUAGUACUUAUACUUCUAUAGAGCUACCAGAAGUAAAAAAUGAAAUUGUAUGUGCUGCUUCAAACAUAAAAGAUAGUUUUAUCAACUUUUCACGAUUCUCUUCGUUCGAACGUUUAAAACGUACUGGUGCUUAUGUGUUGCGAUUCAUAACCAACAUACGGUCGCCCAAGCACCUGCGUACAACUGGUUCGUUGUCGGUGGAUGAGUUAAGCGCAUCAAUAACAAUGCUAGCUCGACUUGAGCAAAUACAAUCAUUUCCGGAUGAAUACGACAGCUUACUAAAACAAUUACCAUUAAAUCAAACCAAAUCGAAUAAAGUGUCCGGUCUCAACAUAUUUCUAGAUCAAAGUGGCCUAAUUAGAGUUGGUGGCAGAUUGCGUAACUCACGUCACUUCGAUUAUAAUAAAAAACACCCAAUAUUAAUUUCAAGUAAAAAUUAUUUUAGUACACUUUUAUUUAGAGAUGAACAUAAAAGGUUACUACAUGCGGGACCCCAAUUACUUUUAUCUACAAUUCGAGAAAAUUGGUGGCCACUCGCGGGUCGAAACCUAGCUAGGAAAGUUGUACGGCAAUGCGUUACAUGUGUACGCAUGAGAGGGAAAACCUUAACGCCAAUAAUGGGCGACUUACCGUCUGAACGUUUAGAACCAGGUUACCCUUUCAUGCGUUGUGGCGUCGACUAUGCCGGACCGGUGAUGAUACUGAAUCGCAGAGGACGAGGUGCUGCACUUAUGAAAGGUUAUAUCUGUAUAUUUGUGUGUUUUACCACUCGUGCUAUACAUUUGGAAUUAGUAUCUAGUCUUUCUACAAAUGAUUAUUUACUCGCUUUAAAACGUUUUAUUUCUCGUCGCGGUAAGCCGAUAGAAAUAUUUAGUGACAAUGGAAAAGUUUUUGUGGGUUCACAGAAAGAAUUGUCAUUAUUUCUAAAUGAAAAUGCUACUCAAAUCGAAGAUUUCACUACAAACAAUGGUAUUAAAUUGCGAUUCAUUCCGCCGUAUGGUCCUCAUUUCGGUGGUUUAUGGGAGAUAGGGGUCCGCUUUUGUAAGCACCAUAUUAGACGAGUUGUUGGCAAUAGUAAUUUAACCUUUGAAGAAUUUACGACUGUCCUAACACAGAUAGAAGCUAUCCUAAAUUCUCGUCCUAUGUACCCAUUGUCCUCAGAUCCUAAUGAUUUCCUUCCCCUUACUCCUUCACAUUUUCUUAUCGGGCGGCCUCUGACCGCGCUUCCUUGCAAAGACCUGACGUCUACUGCAACUCAUCGCCUGAUGCGAUAUGACCGUAUAGAGCAAAUGAGGCAACAUUUCUGGCAACGCUGGUCUAAGGAGUACGUAUCGGAGCUUCAAACCAGAACGAAGUGGAAGGUACAGCAACCAGAUAUCGGCCAAGACACAUUAGUUCUCAUCAAAGAAGAUAACCUACCACCACUAAAAUGGCGGAUGGGUCGAAUUCUGCGCACUUUUCCAGGCAAGGAUGGAGUAUCCCGAGUGGCAGAGAUUCGCACUGCAACUGGUAUCAUACAACGUGCCACUUCCAAAAUAUGUCCGCUUCCACCUCAGCCAUCAGAUGCAGAAUGAAAGGAGGAGAAAGACGAUCCUGUCUAUGUUGAAAUCUGUAUACAUGCAGCUUUCAAAGGCGGGGCCAUGUUGGUGCCAUCUAUUGAGUAAAAUAGAUAAAACGUCAACGGAGUGAAGUGAGACUUCAACGGUCUGCUACUGCGGUGAUAGACAUGAACUUGACUCGCUCGCUCUCUGUAAUUAGCAAUGAUUGAUCCUAAUAAUAUUUCGUAUAAUAAACUCAUAUUUCACAAAAAUAACAAUAAACGAGUUAUUGAAGAGUUCCUGCACCCAUAAAUUUAUACACACAAAAAAGGAAAGGCGCAAACAAAUAGAA